AGCCACGAACGCUUCGACCGACCCGCCAUCCCGACGACCCGUCGAGAUCCAACGCCUCGCAGCGACCCGUUGCCAUGGCCGUCGCACACGUGGAACGCAUGCCAUUGGACAAGAACAUUCUGGCCGCGUGCAUCUUGAAGGAGCUCCAGGCAAAGGGCUCCGAGCAAGUUCAGGGCUGCUCCUCUGACACAGAGACCCGUUCUCCCUCCGCGUCCUCCCAUGUGUCACCCCGGAGCGACGACGGGAGCAGCUCACGUCUGGUGUCACCGAAAGUGCCGUUGGCGCUCGCCCGCUUGUUGCCUGGCCAGACCGUGCCACCACCCCCCGGCCUCAUCGAAACCUCAGAGGAGCCGCAGUGGCAGUUGAUGAACCCUACCGGGAAGUUCAAGUCCUCCUGCGGCUGCCCCUUGGUCUCCCAUCCGAUCACCGUGGGCGAGUUGAAGGAUGUCCGGGUGAUUUUCUCGCCUGGAAAGCUUUGGAUGAGUGAGUACUGCCGGAACACCAAGAAGCACAAGAAGACUCAGGUGACAGAAGCCCUUCCAAAGUACGGCUCUUUGCAGCUCAAGCUGACCGAUUCCAGUGUGUGUCGCCGAGUCUUCUUCGUCGUGGGUUCCAUGCGGGUGGGGCCCAUCACCACCGCACAGGGGCAAGUGACCACACAGGUGUGCGACCUGCCCGGCGACUGGCGCAAUGAGACGCCCAAGUUUCAGAACCAACUGCCGAUCCGGGUGGAGGUCGAAGCAUGAGACGCCGAAGGGACCACGGUUACCUGGCCAGCGCGACGCCCAAUCUGUACAGAGUCGAUGCCCUUGCGUCGGCUUGGCGUCAUCGAUGGUGCGCGGCGCAUGGAUGCCCCGGCGCACGGAUGCUUGUGGCCUGUGAGCUCUGUCGCUGGGAAGACCUUUUGCACGCCAGGGUAGCCACCGUCCGUGGUUUUCC